UUAACCAGAAAAUUUGAUGUACGCAAAAAUGUACACUGAAAUUUUCGACAUUCGGAAAGACUUGCGACAGACUUUUUCAAGAUGGCUGCGCCCAUGGAGGUAAUCCUUACAAGCGAUGUGACAGGACAGAUGUGGAAUACUUGCGUGUGGGAUGCAAACACUGGCACAGCGCUUUCAACCUUCAAAGGAGACACCAGCAGUUCAAGGACAUUAUGCGUCGUCAAUGGAGAAUACCUAAUGUCAGCUGUAAACAAUAAACCUUUACUUCAUGUCUGGACGCUUCAUCGGAAAGAUCAACAGAAGAUUGUAUGUCCUGGCAAAGUCUCCUCACUGGCAGUCAGUCCUGACGGACAUUAUUGUGUUGCGGGUAUAUCAGAAAAAAUACACAUAUGGCAGGUUUCUACAGGUCAUUUAUUAGUGGUGCUCUCCAGACAUUACCAGACAGUCACACAGAUAAGCUUUACAGAUGAUGGUAGUCACUUCAUAACAGCAGGAGACGACAAUAUGGUUAUGCUAUGGGAGCUGCAUAGGGUUAUCAGUCAAGAGGCAGACCCUCACCAAACAGAACCCAAGUUUACCUUCCCCAAUCACUCUCUCCCAGUGACAGACAUCCACUGUGGCUAUGGUGGACCAAGGGCUCGACUGGUCACAGCUUCAAGUGAUCAGACUUGCAAGUUGUGGGACCUUGCUACCGGCAAACUUCUGUGUUCGUUUCUAUUCGACGAGGGCCUUACUGCUGUCUGCAUGGACUCAUGUGAAUCUCGAUUAUUUGCUGCCACUUCAAAAGGUGUGAUACAUCAAGUCAACCUGUUUGAAAGGGGUUACCGACCAGAAGCAUCCAUCCCCAAUGCAGCUGACGAUGAUGCUCUCGUUUUCCUCGGCCAUACAAAGCAGGUGACUUGUCUGUCGUUGUCUCUAGAUGGGAUUGUGCUUGUCUCAGGUUCCAACGACUGCACUGUUAAGAUAUGGGAUGCACCAAGUCGCCAGUGUCUCCGUACUCUUUUACAUAAAGGUGCUAUUACAAAUGCAGUCAUCCUCCCUACCCCACGUGGUCUACAGUCACAAGUUCAUCCUAGCUUUCCGAUACAACCUUUCAAACGACAUAUGUAUAAUGUUGAUGAGGUUGUGGAAGACAGUCGGGGCAUUGUGGUGGUGAGGCAAGCCAAGAUGGAGAGUGAUGAACAGGGUGAGGUGCACAAAGUAGCAAAUAUUCUCUCCCACCACAAACGACGCUGGAAUGAGAUUCCGUCCGAAGAAAACAUGAGAAUUCCAUGAAAGGCAAGGUGGAGGAACUGCUACGGGAUGUGAAAAAAACAACAAAAGACCAACUAGCAAAUAUAUCAAUAUGCCGUGAAUUCUUUAGCUCAGACUUGAGCUAUGCCCAAGACAAUUCAUUAUGGGACAUUUUGUAGGCCGAUUAAAAAGUGCUUUUGUAUUCACUGAAGUUUUUUGCUGCAACACGUAAAAAAAGCAUUACAUUGAACAAAAGGUCUGCGGCUUGUCAGCUAUACUGAAGGUACAUAACUAGGACCUUCUGAGAUAUAAUCGGAAAAUAAAAUUGGACUCUAUAUUUCA